GUAACGCGACUCGAACCAAAGCUGCCGUGUGUGUGUUGUGUGUCGCUGGUGUCUAGGAUACUGUGCUUCCUCGAGUGACUUGUCGGCGUUGAAGAUGAAAAGGACUGCCGAGGUUUAUUUUCUUCCCAGCAGCAUGACCAGUAUGUUGGAACGUACGGUGGACAGGCAGACAAGCUCGACACCGCCGCAGCAUCUGAUAAGACAAGAUUACCAUAAGCCAACACGCCCACGCCGCGCCCCCGACCGACCACCGGCGACGCAUCCCACGGCCACGACCGGUGCAUGAAUUCGACUUGAAACUGUAACGAAAAAAAAAAAAAAAAAAAAUUGUAAACGUGAAUUAUCGAACUGAAGAAAAAAAAACUCCAAGUUGCCAGGACGAAAAAAAAAGUGAAAAAUAAGAAAAAUUACAAAAAAUCGAGCGAAUUACGAACUGUAGAAGUUACAAACACAACCGGUUCUUUAUACUGCCUUGAAGAACGCCUUCUUUGUCCUCCAUACAUUGGUAGGACUCGCCCUUGGAUCCACACGCCCUUUGAACCCCAGGACAAUCCCCUUCACGCCCUGAACCUUUGACCUCUUCUGCGACUUCUUUAGCGCUCUCUUCUGUGCCUUCUGCGCCUCCUUCAGCAGCCAGCCACAGCCAUGGAUGCCCUCAAGCCCUCAGGUCUCCGUGCCCCUCUCCGCAUCAGCCGCCAAUUCUCGGAACCCCUCACAGUGGACAUCCCCGUCAGGUUCGGCCGUCAGUUCUCUAGUCCUGACGCUAAAUAUGACUUCCUCAAGACCCCGCCCUCUGGCAAGCCCUACAAGUUUGCUCCUCUCUCUACGCCCUCGCCUUCUGCAGGAGCUGACGGUGAUCGAGUCGACAUUGAAAUCGAGAAGCUGCGGCGCCUUAGUGAGGAGUUCAACAAGAAAGACUUCGCCCAGCUGAACGGCCACGCCAGCCCAAAGAGCAAGAGUCUCUCCCCGCCGCCAAGACCCGUGCCGCUCCUCGCCAAGUACAAGCCUGAGACCAACGGCUACUACAACGGCCACGGCAUCAACAACAACCACAAUCACAACAACAACGACUACAACGCGGUCAACCACAACAACCACCACAACAACAACCUCACUAACGGCCACAGCCACAGCCCCGGCAGCUCCCCUCUCACCAACGGGGUCAUCGAGCAUCAACCAGGCUGCAAGUUGUACUAUAAGCGCGCCAAGUCCCCGCUGAGAGAGAACGGCGUGUCCCAUUCGCCCCUGAUUGAAAAGAAGGGCACACAGAACGAUCCCUUCCUUCCCUUUACCUUCCCUGACCUCCCCUCCUACAAGAUGCCGGCCCAAAGGCGCUUCAGUGAGGAUGUCAACUUCCGCAGACCUCUGGCUACCCUUCACGAGGACGAAGUGAUGGCCAGAAGGCGGUUCAGCGAGGAUGUACGAAAGAAAUCCCUCGACACGAGUGGAGUGAUGGAGGACGUGUUCAAGCACCACCGCCGCCUCUCGGAAGCCGGAGUGCGCCGCCUCUCAGAUGCAUCUCUUGUGCUGACAGAAGAUACUGACAGUUUUAUCAUUGGAGAUCGAGUGUGGGUGGGUGGCACCAAGCCAGGGGUCAUAUCAUACAUUGGGGAGACGCAGUUUGCUCCCGGAGAGUGGGCUGGCGUCACUCUUGAUGAGCCUAUUGGUAAAAAUGACGGGAGUGUUGCUGGAGUGCGCUACUUCCAAUGUGAAGCCAAGAAGGGAGUUUUCUCCAGACUGACAAGACUUUCUAGGAGUCAACUCACCGACUAUGACAUCGAGCUCCUCUCGUCCCGCCGAUCGUCAACAGCAGGGUCAGACUCCCCCAAAACCAAUGGGACGCCAGCCAAUAGCAUGACCUCUGGACCCACCUCAACCACUGCGUCAGCUCGCAAAGUUACUCCAAGCAGCACCUCAUCAUUUACCAAGUCAGGCUCCACAGUCUCUGUCAAGACCUCUCCAACUCCUGCUGCCACUCCCAAGAAGACCAGCACCACCACACCAGCAUCCUCUUCAACUGAUGCCAAGAUUGGGGACCGUGUGGUCAUUACAAGCACCACAGGUGUGCGUCAUGGCAUCCUGCGCUUUGUGGGCAAGACAGACUUUGCUGAUGGAGUGUGGGCAGGAGUGGAGCUGGAUGAUCCAACUGGAAAAAAUGAUGGUUCAGUGGCUGGCAAAAAAUAUUUUGAGUGCAAAGACAAAUUUGGUCUGUUUGCUCCUGUUGGCCGUGUUAGCAAAUAUGCAGCUGGUUCAGGGGCUGCCCGCCGAACCUCAUCUCACCAGACACCGAGGGCUACAGUGCGUCGCUCUAACAGCAGGGAAUCUCUGGGAGCAUCAUCAGUGGCUUCCUCCACCACCUCCUCUGUCAGGGGCACCAGGGUAAGACUUGGCGUCACCUCCCUCACUCCAGGCCAGAGACCCACCACUCGGCCCAUGACCUCCUCAGUACCCAACACCAAGGCCCUCCAGGAAGCUCUGACUGAGAAAACGCAACAUGUUGAUCAACUGAUGCGGGAGCGUGACUUGGAGAGGUCUGAGGUGGCCCGCAUGGCAGCGCAGGCAGAUGAGGCCACCAGGGCAGCACAGGAUAUGAAGCUGCAGUUGGACAGGCUACAAAUAGAGUCUGAAGAAAGACUUCAUGACUAUGGCGAACGAAUUCGAACUCUACAGAGAGAAAAAGAGGAGAUACUGUCCAAACUUGAAGAUAAACAAAAGGAUUUGGAUGACUUGUCUUUCCAACUUGAGGAGGAGUCCAUCUCGAAAGCUGACCUUGAGAAAAUGGGACAGACAGUAUUAAGUCGAAGCACAACAGAUGAAGAAACUAUAAAAAAGUUGCAAAAGGAACUGGAAGAAGCUAAACGAAAAAUACAAGAUCGAGGGAAAAUGGAAGAAAAUAAAGCCUUUGAAAUGGAAGAAAUUGAAAUCAAUCUUAGAGCAAGCAUAGAGGAGUUUCAGAUGAAAGUAAUGGAUUUGGAAAAGGAAAAGGAAGAGCUUGAAAAUUCAUUAUCAAAGAAUUCUGAGGAACUGAAGACCAUGCAGGCAAGCAAUGAAUUCUUGAAAAACAACAUAAGUGAAAGGGAACAAAAGAUAAAAUUAUUAGAAACCAGUCGAGAGGAGGAUCAAGACUUGUGUGUGAAGAAAUCAACAGAGAUUUCUGAAAAGGAUGCAAAGAUAAAAGAGUUGCAAGUCAUGCUUAAAAAUAAAACUGGGGAAUAUGAAGACAAUUUACAAAAACUACAGGAUAUCAUCAAAGAUGUGGAAAGAGGAAGGAAAGAAAAUGAAGCCUUGCAAAAAGGAUUAAAAGAUAUCCAGCAGCAGCUCAGCAGUGGAGCAUCAGAAUCAUCAGCUCUUGUUGCUGAAGUCAGCAAGCUGAAAGAAGAACUGCGGAUUGUAUCGGCUAAAUUGGAGAAAUCACAAGAUGAGAUGUCUGCUUUGGAGGCUCAGAAGUCCAAGCUAGAAACAGAGCUGAAGAACACCAAUUCCUCCAUGUCUGAUAGCACUACCAAACUUUCUGAAUUAACAACAGUUAUUAAGCAAAAGGAGGAACAACUUCAUAUUGUUUCAGAAAAACUACAAAAGAUGGAACUGUCUCUGAAGAAUGAACAAGAAAGUUGGUCUGCAGAAAAGAAGAAACAUGAGGACAUGGUAGUGAACCAAGAAAAAGAAUAUAAAGACAAGUUGCAGAAAGUUGAAGAAAAAAUUGCCACAUUGGAACACAACAUUACAGUUAAGACAUCUGAAAGUGAGCAGCUUGCCCGGCAGCUAAAGACUGCAGAAUCUCUUGUAAAGUCGCUGGAAGAUGAGAGAGAAAAGCUAAAGGAGCAGGUGUCUGCUUCAUUGUCUUCCUCUUCAGAUUCUUCCAAGCAGCUAGAAGUUCUCAACAAUCACCUUCAGGAUAAGGGGAAGCAGCUGGAAAGUAUUCAAGUGCAGUUACGAGAAACAGAAAGUUUGCUAUCCCUGGAGAAAUCAGCAAGAGCAGAGGAAGUUGCAACUGUUAAGAAGACUCAAGAAAGUAUGAAAGAAAAACUUGAGAAAAAAAUCCAAGACAUGGAGAAGAAUUUAGCUGCAAAGGGAGAAGAAGUCCUGUCUGUUCAGAAACAAUACAAAGCUGAGCAAGAAGAGUUACUAAAGAAGAAGGAUUUGGAAGUGUAUGAAUUGCAGGAACAAGUUAUGAUGAAGGAAGGAGAGCUGUCUGAUUUAGAGGAUAAGGUGAAGAAAUUGGAGGCCCAGGUGACUGAGAUGACAAGUUCUUCAGCUGACCAACAAGGAAUCUUGGAAAAGUCUCUGGCUAGUCUGCGGCAAGAGAAGGAUCAACUUAGCAAGGAAAAAGAGGAGAUUCAGAAAAGCAAGAAAGAUGUGGAAGAAAAAUUGUCGGCCAUGGAUAAGGAAAACCUAAAGUUACGCAUGGAGAAGGAAGAAAACUUGUUGCUGGUUACACAGAGAGAUAGCCAGGUGGCUGAGCUGAAGGCAGAAGUAGAGCAGCUGAUGGCCACCUUCAACACACACCGGGAGAACCUGCAGAAGCAGCUGGUGGAGGCACAGAAGGACAAGGAGGUCAUGGCAGAAUUUCAACAAACCUUUAAGGGUGAGCUGGACCGCCUUAAUGGCCUGCAGGAACAGCUGACCACAACAGAGGAACAAAGGGUUACUGCACUGAAACAAAAGGAGCAGUUGGAAGAGGAGAUCCGGAAACUGAAGGGUAUUGAAGAAGAGAAACUCAUUCUAGUCAAGGAAAGAGACAAAUUAGCAGAAGAUGUUAAAACUCUUCAAAAUCUCCAGUCUCAAAACAUCACUUUGAAUAAAGAGAAAAGUGAACUCCAGGAAGAAGUGAGAAAGCUGUCUGAAUCACAAAGAACAGAAAGGGAUCAACAUCUGUCCGAGAAGUCUCAACUUGAAGAAGAAAUAAGGACCCUCAAAAAGUCUGAGGAGGAAAGAAGUCGGUUGGGAGGAGAUGUUGAGAGGCUUGAGAAUGAACUGAAGAAAAUGACCCAAAUACAAGAAAAUAAUAACACCCUUACUUCAGAGCUCAAAAAACUAAAAGAGGAAAAGGAGGAAAUGGCAGCCAAUAUGAAGACCUUGGAAGAGAAGGUCACAGUAAAGCAACAAGUGGAAGAGGACAAUGUAAGACUAACCUCAAAUCUUAAAUCUGCUCAUGAAGAAAAGAACAAACUCAUGAUUGACAUUCAGCGACUUGAAGCAGAAGCUGCCACUGGAGUGAAGAACCUUGAAGAGGUGAAAGAUAGACUUGAAAACACCAUGAAGACAAUGCAAGAUGAGAAAAAAGUCAUAGAGGAAGAAAAGUCAAGGCUAGAAGCUGAAGUUUGCGAGCUUAGGCAAGUGAAGGAGGAAAAGAAGAACUUAGAGACAAAGAACUUGGCUCUCACACAGAACAUAGAGGAACUUAAGCUCAGCCAAGAGGGACGUGUAGGGGAGCUUGAGACUGAGAAGUUCAGUUUGGUGGAGGAAGUAGUGAGUCUGCAGGACCAAGUGGCAACACUCAAGACUGAAAUGGUCACCGUGAACACAAAGGCAGCAGAAGCAGAGGCAGAGGCUGAGAAAGUGGGUAUUCUCCGUGCGAAAGUGGAACUUCUGGAGACGGAAAAGCGAAGACUGGAGAGCAAGAUUGUUGACCUACGGGUAGAGGUUGCAUCAACAGAGAUUAGUCAUAAUGAUUCAGAUAGCUUUUUGAAGCAGAUGUUGGAGGAGAAGGACCAACUUGAAGGACAGGUCAACUUCCUCAACUCACUAAUAGUUGACAUGCAGCGGAAGAAUGAUGAGCUCAAUACUCGCAUCCAGAUAUUUGAAAUGGGAAACGUUUCAGAUGAUACCAAAGCCAACAUGAAUGGCAUCAACUUAUCUGGGGUGCGUGCAGUGGCUCCUCGCAUGUUUUGUGACAUAUGCGACUGUUUUGAUGCUCAUGACACUGAGGACUGCCCCAAGCAAGCCACCUCAGAGUCCCCCCCACCCUCACAACACCAUGGGCAGCGGGGCACCGUUAGGCCGUACUGUGAUACAUGUGAAGUAUUUGGACAUGAGACGGGUGAAUGCAAUGAAGAUGAAACGUUCUAACUGAGGCUGUGAAUUGUAUUAUAAGUUGAAAGUUGUAGUUUAAGUUAUGUUUGACUCUGUUGAGAUUUUCCUAGACUAAAGGAGAGUAUUAACUGUUGAAAAUGUAUGACGAUCAUCUUUUUGUUCAUCAUUUUACAAAGGAUAGUAUUGGGCUUGAUGAAACUCUUAAUUAUUUACAAAAGAUAUUGAUUUAUGAAACCUGUGAAGUUGUAAAAGAUUUUGUUCUUGGCAUUGUCUGAUUUUACUGUGAAAAGUGCUUGAAGGUUUUGUUAUUUAAGCAAUAAUCCACUUGUGGUUUUUUUAUGUGGAGGUUGGUAAUGAUGCAUAUUCAGCCAGAUUGACAACAUUCACUGAAAGUAAUCACAGCAUGAUAAUUUUCCCUCGCAUUUUACAAAUUAUCAAAGCUGCUUUCGCUGUGUGUGGAAGAUCCAGACAUGGAGAGUCAUGCUUUCCUCCUGCUGCAGUAAUGCAGCUGGAAUAGUUUGUGGCAGAUGUGCAGCUUUUGUGCUUUUCUGUCUUUAAGGCUGUGCAGCUGGAACAGUGUGGUAUUAUUAUGCUGGUGUUUUGCAGCUUCUCUGGCUGUGCAGCAGGAGUAGAUAAUGUGCAGCACCUCUUUGGUUCAUACACUGCAGCUUUGAGGGGAUAUUCUUGUAUUGCUCAUCCAGGUACAAUAAGUUCUCAGUAAAGCAAUAAUUAGCCCUCCUGUAAAGCCACCUAGGCUGUGGAGUGGAUGCUAUGUGAUGGCGGCAGACGUCCUGUAGCUUUAGUGAAUACGUCUUCCCCAGAAACGUUGCAUUAAAUCGUCCAGUCUUGAGGCAUUUGUAACCCAUAAUUUAGCGCUCCAUAAUCCAGUCCUGCAAGUCAUUAUGGCACAUAAGUUCAGUUUGUCUUUUAGGGCAAGUCUUCCCUUGCUUUCUGGUAGCAGCAUAGUUGCAGACCUUGAAGUAGGCAUAGAUUCAAUGAUGCAUUUAUUUGCAUAUGUAACUAUCUUCCAUUCUUAGAAACAAAAUUUCUAGUCAUUAAAGCAAAAGUCCUUUCAUUCUGGCAACAAAAGACACAGGGGAACAUCUCAUAUAUAUAUAUAUAUAUAUAUAUAUAUAUAUAUAUAUAUAUAUAUAUAUAUAUAUAUAUAUAUAUAUAUAUAUAUAUAUAUAUAUAUAUAUAUAUAUAUAUAUAUGUGUGUGUGUGUGUGUGUGUGACAUUUCCCCCACUAACCUUAAUAGAAAUCUUGAAGUGUAUUGCCAACACAGCAUGAUGUUCAGUUUACUUCAAGAAGUAAUAGCAAUUUUUCAACUAAAAUGAAUUUAUGCUCAUAUACAUUUGUGCUGAAAAUACUUCACUACGUAUAACUUUAACAAAUAGAAAUCAUCAUUUUGAAGUAGAUGCAACAAUUGCCAGUAGUUGAAUAGAAAAUUCAUGGCCUCCAGUAGCCAAACAGUAUUAAUGUGUGACAUAAAAUAGUUUAAUUCUAAUCCUGAUAGUGGAAUGAAUGUAUGUAGUGUAUCCACUUCCCAGUUUGAUUGUAAAUGGAAGGACUUUUUGCUGCAUUGUAAAAGUUUUAGAAAUAAUCUUUUUAAUCAGUAUUAGAAAUUAUCUGUUUUUACCCAAACUCCUUUCAGGCAUCACUUUUACUCAUAGUUAACUAUAUUCUGAAUCUUCAUGCAAUUUGACCUAUUUGAGGUUUAAUUUCAAGUGACAUUCAUAUCAUAUGUCUUGUACCUUAUGGGGAGGAUUUGAAGUUUUCAAGCUGUUUCUUGCAUUUUUUACUUAUUUCAUUGCUUUACAAGUUGGAUGUGAUAACCUUUUCUACCUGAUGUGGUUCCCAGGGUAACAGUACUACUUAGGAGGCAACAAGGUGUUGUUUUGUUCAUGAGGCGUCCAAGGAAUCACAGUGUGGGUAGUGUUACUCAUGUGCCAGUUUUGUUAUGUGCAUUCUAAAAGUUUUAUUGGUUUUGGCUGACUAGGGAUCUGAUAUAUUAGUGGACUAUGUUGUAAUAGUUAAUCUGUUAUGCAUCAUUAUUUUUAUUUGUGGAGGUAAGACAAUAAUGUUUAAUACUAACAAAGUACUGCUGUUUACCUUUGCUAUAUAUGAAAAGUUACAAAUAUUUUUGUAAAGACAUUGUACAGAAAAACUGCAAAUAUAGCUCUCCUUUAAA